AUGUCUACACGUGUGUGGGAUUCAGUUGUCCAUGAUAGGAGGAAUCAACUGUUUGCUGGUCCUCCAAAUGCCUAUAAUGUUUCAAAAUACUCAUACGCUUUGACUAAUGCUGCAGCAAUAAACUUCAGCAAUAUUAUACAACCCACGCUACCAAGAACAAGGUGGAAGACUGCUACCGAAUUUCAAGCUAAUUCUACGGGAUUGAGUACAUAUAAUGGACGAUAUGUCAGAUAUAGGGUUUGUGAACAUGCUAUGACUGCUGCUAUGAAUGGUCUUGCUGCUUACGGUGGUAUAAUUCCAUUCGGAGGAUCAUUCUUGAACUUUAUUAGCUAUGGUUCGGAAGCUGUUCGUUUAUCAGCGCUUUCGUCAUUUCGUGAAGAUGGGCCAACUCAUCAACCCAUUGAAACUGCUGCUGAUCUCCGUGCAUUGCCGAAUCUUCUAUUUUUAAUACCUGCUGAUGGAAACGAAGUUUCCGGUGUAUAUCUUAUCGCGAUCAAAAACAUUGAACGCCCUUCAGCGCUUGCUCUUUCGCGUCCAAAUGUUCCUAAUUUAGAAAGAUCCUCAAUUGAAGGCACAGUUAGAGGAGGAUAUAUAUUAAAAGAUUGUCAUGAUGCACAAAUUAUCUUAACAGGAACGCUGUUGAUGCUGCAAAUUUAUUAG